AUGUCUAACGUCCCAAAGGAGCAGUCUGCUCGGUCUCUGACUGAUCGCUCCAAGGCGCAACUCGAAUCCUCCGCCGCGGCCGUUGCGAGUCCUGGCCCUGCUAGCCCGGAUACCACUCAAAGGCGCACCUUGGGCGCGCCCCACGCUGGCGAUGACGUUACAGGUGGCACAAGCGGUAAAGAAGAAAAAAGCAAAGAUGCCGAGAGCGUGGGGUCCAACACCGUCACGCAGCCUCCCCUAUCAGAAUCCCAGAUACAGCUGAACCGGUACCGGGAACGUUUGGCACGCGACCUGGAGCGCCGCGAGAUGGCGACAAGGGGCUUGACGGCGACGACGCCUGAAAAAAUACGUGUGUCGCCAAUCCCAGAGGAAAGUGGCUGUUCGCCACAGAUCCCGGCUUCAUCUCUCGCGACGACAUCAUCCGGCCUGACAACAACUUCCACCGAAUCGGGCAACACGAUUCGCGGCGGCAUCACUCCGGGUUUCGUUGCCGGCACUCCGUCCUAUCCCUUUCCGCGCAUGUCAACGCCGGGCUAUGGACCGAACCCGAUGAGUCGAGCUUUUGGCAACAUGUCGCCAACCGCCGCUGCCUUCAUGUCGCAAACCAUGUCCUUCGAGGGUUUUGGCGCCGCUCAAGACAAGGUUCUCUCUGGCUCAUCAACUCCUGCUUCAGCGCUUACCUUUCUCCCUGCCGGCGCCACCGGCCAGUUGGAUGGAGACUUUCCCAGUCCCAACCUAUAUGACUUAUCACUAAUGCUCAGCGCUGAGCCGGGACUGGAUGCGUGGUGGAACACCGUCGUCCAGAUCAUGAGGGACGUUUACAAGGCGGAAAGAGUGACACUUGCGGUGCCCGCUGACUCGACUGACAUUGAGAAUGUGCCCUGGGGUCAGAAGGCGACAUACAACGAACACCAGGAGGACGACUUGAGCCUCGGCUAUAUGGCUAGGGGUAGCAGCCUCAUCCCCAGCAGUGUCGGCGACUUUGCCCCUGAAGACAUCUCAACGCCUGAUGAUCCGCUGCGGCCAAGACUGCAGUCGCGGCCCAGCCUUCAGACUCGCCACUCCUUUACCACUUACGAAGAUAACCGAGAGAAGAGAGCGAACAACGAGAGGCUUCUGCCGUCGCGCAGACCGACGGGGCUCGGCAGGAGCAAGAGCUACUUUCCUCCUGGGCCAUCCGUCGAAGACACCCAAGAACCAUCGGGUCCACCGUUGAACAAGACAGCACUGGACGAGCACGACGCCGAGGAGGGACACGUGCCCAGCUGGGAGGUCCCUCUCGUCGCAAAUCCCGAUGUGCAAGGCAGGGUGCUUCCUGUCCUCCAAGCGUUGGACUACGAAGCCGAUCCUCUCAUCGAUCACAGCGGCGUCAUGCGUGUUCUUGAAAGGGGAAAGGUGAUUGCGCUGACAAGAAGUUACCCGUAUUUGCAAAAUCUGCCAGAGGACCCCAUGGGCAGACCCAUUCCCGCGACAAAGCCGACUCCGACGGACGCGGGGAGAAAGAAGUUGAAGAAGGCCAGGAUGGACUCGAGCUCCAAGUUGUCGACCAUACUAGGGGGUGCAAACCCUCCACGAAGCUUGGGCCGCAGCCAGGGUGGCGAGAAACCCGUUCCCUCAAGCAUGAUAUCACGACUUGAAGAUGAUGAGCCACGGCCACCGACUCCCAAGUACGAAGAGUUCGAGCAAGCUCCGCCAUCUCCGUGGUCCCAGUCUCCCGCCCCAUCCCCAGCAGUUCGUGCCGACCCGAACGAAAAUCCCUUCUUCACAGACGCCAUGGUCGAUGAGGACUCCUUCAAUCCCGGGUCUGCCCCGGCAGAUUAUGCUGGAAUGCGACCCCCCGAGGCCAUUGGCGUGGACAACUCAUGGACUGUUCUCCACAUUCCUUUGACACAUCUGCUCCUUUCCAAGCCUGUUCAUCCCUUCAAGCUUGAUACAACCGUGAUGGAGCAGAAGACACACAACCGGAAUAAGAGCGAAAACCCAGAGGGCUUGGGGGAGAACGAUGGACCUGGCACUUCUUGGCAGCGAAAAGAUAAACCAUCGCCCAUCGCCAUCCUUUCGAUACUCAGCCCGAUCAUCCCAUAUCCCUCAAACCUUCGCCAUUCGUUGGAGUACCUCGCCCCGCACCUGGCGACUUCUUUCUCUCUAUGUCGUCAUUACACCAAUUUGGAGACAGAGCUCUCGGGACUGAACCGCCGGAGACCUCACACUGCUGGGUUCGGUGCCAUCGCUGCCGAUGGACGUCCCUUGGCAGAUCCUGCUAGCAUCGGUAACCUAAGCUACCUGCCAGCCGAGGACGUGGUUGCCCAACGCUCACUUGCAGGCAGCAUUACGAGCCCGAGUGAUUAUUCUGGCGUUUCCAAAAGCGCUGCUGGGUCCCCCAUUGGCACACCCAGCUGGGAUCAUGGUUCUUUGCACCAGGUCGUAGAUAAGAGAGGCCCCGCGACCAGCCCUGCUCAGGUCGGGGGCGACAGUUACUUCAGCACCAAGCAAAAGUCUUUUCUCUCAAAGGCAGAGCAUUCUGCGGCGAGUUCACAGAAGACAAGACACGUUUCGAAGGACAACUCGCCGGUCGACAGGAGACAAGCUCGUCUUUCCGCGGGAAAUAGAACUUCGGCAUUGGUUGAACAGGAACCUCCAUCGCCAAGUGAGACCAACGGGUCGGGUGGAAGCGAAGGCCCCGCGGAAAAGGUCACGGAAAGCCGAGUCUCGACGCCUGGUGGUGUCAAGCGUGUUCUUUCUAACGAGCUUCAAAACUAUUUGCACGAGAUUGCCGUGUUGGAACCGCGCAUGAAGCCCGUCGAACAAAAAGGCUCAGAACCCGGCCAGCACACCCUUUUACACUCUUAUGGCGCCGACUUUGCGACAAGCUUCCAGUCGCUGCCCCCCAGCUCGAGCGUGGUCAGUAAGCCAGUGCCCUACAACGCACCGACUAGAGCAGGUUCUGUUACCAUUGGCUCAGUCGACAUGCCACCGCCAUCAGACCGUCUGAAGGGGCUCAUCCUGGACUCCCUUCCCGCACACGUGUUCGUAUCUCUGCCACAGACAGGCGAGAUUGUAUGGGUCAACAGCCGCUACUUGACAUACCGGGGCCAAACAGUGUCGGACCUCGCCGCCGACCCGUGGGGCAGUAUUCACCCUGAUGACAGGGACGAAUACUUGAAGGCAUGGGGUCACUCACUGCGGACGGGCGAACAAUUUUCAAGGACAGUCCGCAUUAAACGCUUCGAUGGGGCCUAUCGGUGGUUCUAUGCUCGCGCUGUUGCGUCUCGUGAUAAGCGAGGUGUCAUGAUGCAGUUCCUUGGAUCCUACAUGGACAUCCAUGACCAGCACAUUGCCGAGCUUAAAGCUGCUCGCCAGGAAGAGAUCGAAGCAUCCGAGGCCAAGCAUCGACUUCUUGCAAAUCUGAUCCCUCAAAUCAUCUUCACCGCUACCGAGGACGAAGGUAUUACUUUUGCGAACGAACAGUGGUUGUCGUACACUGGUCAGAGCUUUGAGGAUUCUCUUGGGCUUGGCUUCAUGGACUUCGUGCACCCUGACGACCUGGCAAAGUGCCAGAUUCCUACAGACAGACCGCCAACGCCAUUUCCUGCAAAGUUCGAUCGAAAGACUCAGCAAGAAUCAUCGGCAUUUGAGGCGGCAUUCACUAGCCCCACGUCGAUCGCAAAGGGUCAGAGUCUUUUGGAAACCAACCUGAGGGGAAUACACCAAGCGCUGUCACGGAACAACAGCUCUAGCAGCAGCUCGGUCUACGAGAUGCCGACUGCAGAUCUUACAGAGUUGGCAAGAAAGGGCAUCAUAAAGGUGACCACCGAUAGCAACGGCAGGCUCUCUUACACGACGGAGGUUCGAUUGCGAUCCAAGAAUGGCGUAUACAGGUGGCACCUGAUUCGGUGUGUCGAAAUUGACAACAUCGACUUUGGCAAUGGUGCUAGCUCAUAUUUUGGAUCCGCGACGGAUAUCAACGACCACAAGCUGCUUGAAGCCAAACUGAAAGAAGCCAUGGAGUCAAAGAGCAGGUUUCUCAGCAACAUGUCUCACGAGAUCCGAACCCCUCUGAUCGGCAUUUCCGGCAUGGUCAGCUUCCUGCAAGACACGACACUGAACGAGGAGCAGCGUGACUACACCAACACCAUUCAAACAAGUGCCAACAGCCUUCUCAUGAUUAUCAACGACAUCCUGGACCUGUCCAAGGUCGACGCUGGCAUGAUGAAGCUCAAGUUUGAAUGGUUCCAUACUCGCUCCCUGAUUGAAGAUGUCAACGAGUUGGUGUCCACCAUGGCCAUUGCCAAGAGACUCGAGCUGAACUACAUCGUCGAGGAGGACGUGCCCGCCUGGGUCAAGGGUGACAAGGUUCGGAUUCGCCAAGUCCUACUCAACGUUAUCGGCAAUGCGAUCAAGUUUACUGCCGAAGGCGAGGUGUUCAGCCGAUGCAGAAUCUUUACCGACAACCAGCCGGCCGCUGACAAGAACGAGAUCAUGCUCGAGUUCGCAGUUAUUGACACCGGCCGAGGCUUUACCAAGGAGGAGGCCGAAUUAAUCUUCAAACCCUUCAGCCAGAUCGAUGGAAGCAGCACCAGGCAGCAUGGAGGAAGCGGCCUAGGUUUGGUGAUUUCUCGACAGCUUGUCGAGCUCCACGGAGGCAAGAUGGAAGGUACUGCGGUUCCUGGCAAAGGCUCGACCUUCACGUUUACUGCCAGGUUUGCUCUCCCAACACAAUCCGACCAUCCCGACGGCCCGAUUAGUCCACAAAUUUUCCAGCCCGUCAUUAAAUCUCCGGAGGAUGUUACUGUUUUGCGGCCUGGCAGGAAGACUCAACCGCCACCGAAGACCACAUCGCCAAGUCCCAGCACCGAUCCCGAGUUCGUAUCGCCGGCUCUUGCUUCUAGCGGAAGCUCGGAUCCCUCAGUGCGCUCUAGCAUAUCUCAUGCCACCGGGCGCACGUCGGUUUCUUCGGUCAACGUCGGUCUCGUACAUUUCAGCGAGGCCGCCAGAGCAAGCGGCCAAGACCUGUCGCAGAUGAAACUCGAACUCCCUUCUGCCGAGACGUCACCAGGCACAACCCCUACGCCGGAGACAUCCAACAACAAAAAUGAUGAAUUCAGACCUCCGAUGUACUCAAUCCUCAUCAUCUGCCCACAAACGCAUAGUCGUGAGGCAACCGCGCAACACAUCGAAACGACCCUUCCGAAGGACGUACCUCACCAGAUCACGGCGCUUGACUCCGUCGACAAAGCACAGGCGCUGUUGGGUGGCGAUGAUUCUGUCAACUUCACACACAUCGUUCUUAACCUUCCCUCCCCUGAGGAGAUCAUCGGUUUGAUGGAGCGUAUUAUAAAAUCGACGACGAUCAGUAAUACCACGAUCCUCAUUCUCUCGGAUUCUGUCCAAAGACAGGCAGUGAUGAGGCUAGCAGCCGACACCAAGUACGAGCAACUGGUUUCCGAGAACCUGGUUACAUUUAUCUACAAGCCAGUGAAACCGUCUAGAUUCGCCGUCAUCUUCGACCCAGAGAAAGUUCGCGAUCUGAGCCAUGACCGGAACCGAUCUACGGCGCAAAGAAUGGUGGAAACUCAGAAGGCUAGCUACCAGGAGAUCGAAAAGCGUAUGGGCAAUAAGGGAUAUAAGGUGCUACUGGUUGAGGACAAUCCCGUCAACCAAAAGGUGUUGAAGAAAUAUUUGAAGAAGGUUGGUGUGGAGGUUGAAGUGGCAACAGACGGAGCCGAGUGCACCGAUAUGGUCUUUUCCCAUUCUCACAACUAUUACUCCCUGAUAUUGUGCGACUUGCACAUGCCACGCAAGGACGGAUACCAGGCCUGCCGCGAAAUCCGACAAUGGGAGAAGGAGAAGGGUUACAAAAAGUUGCCCAUCAUUGCGCUUUCGGCCAACGUCAUGUCUGACGUUCAAGAUAAGUGCGUGGCCGCCGGAUUUAGCGACUACGUCACGAAGCCUGUCGACUUUAUCGACCUCAGCAGAGCCAUGUCGAAGUUCUUCUGA